UGCGCCUCAGGAUAUACACUGCUUUCGGCAUAAUUUUUUCAUUUCACUACGUGUCUUACUUCUAUAUUGCGCACUGCGAUAGCCCUCUCGGUCUGGAGAGUGACUGACGAAUGCACUAUCCUUCUUCUUUACGACAUUGCGACGAACGAUGCCUUUUAUGGGACGUGGAGUAUUCGACGCUUGAGAUUAAUAGAUUCUACUUUUGUGAGGACGAUUUGGCUAUCUUUGACGCGGGGCCUUUGCUUUUUUUAACCCUUUUUCUUUCUUUUCUUGCUUUCAUUCUUUGUUUCUUUCCUUUUUUUUUUUUUUUUUUUUUAAAGUCUGACAAUACGGGAAACGCAUCUUGAUCAUACCCAGGGAGGAAUACUAGGAAUGAAUUGAAAAGUAUCAAGACUUUAUUGAGCCUUUGUUUUCUUGUUCUUUGAUAACAACUA